AACGUACUGUAGAACGGCUGUGACGUCACGACACGUUGACGCUACGUUGGCUGUGGAAGCGACUGUGCUUCCCUAACAUUAAUUUACUUAUUAUUUUUUUCAGUAUUUAUUUUAUCCAGGUGCGAAUGACAGUCCGAGAGGGACAGAGACACAUUUCAUGUAGUGUAAGCCAUCGAAGAAUCGACUCCAUGGAGGUUGUGGAUAGCCCGCUCAAUCUUGCUCAUCAGCAGUGCAGGAAAGCAGACCGUUUGCUAGCAGCAGGAAAGUAUGAGGAUGCUAUCUCCUGCCAUGGAAAAGCAGCAGAUCUUUUGACAGAUGCAAUGAAGACAACGGAGUGUGAGCAGGCACGUUUGUCCAUGGAGCUGCAGAGGGACAGUCAUAUGAAACAACAGCGACUGAUCCAAGAGCGCUGGAAGAGAGAGGCUCGUCGUGAGGCAACUAAGGCCCGAUCUGGCCCAGUGCAGGCCUCCAGCGUCCCCACCUUCCAAACCCAGACCCCUCCCACAGGCCAGUUCCAGCCCCAAGGUUCCAGAGGCCUGUCAGCUGCAGAGUGUGGAGGAAUUAGAGAGAGGGAGUAUGACACCUUGCUCUACCAGCUUCAUACACGGCAGACUGGAGGCUGCCAGCCUUUGACUACACCGUGCCCUGGAUCUAAGACCACCAAAGAUGACAAAACCCGCCUGGAAGAACAACAAACCACCAUCGAGGACCUGCGGCGCCUGGUUGACCACCUGAUGGACGAAAACCAGCGUCUGGUGGCCGACAAUGAGCGGCUACAAUCGGAAAACGCUCGACUUCGUUCCGAGGCAGCUGAGGCGGCAGACUUUGUCGAACGUUCUGAGCUGUGGGUGCUCCCGCAAGCAGGUAGCGCUCUGGGAGCAGGGGGUGGGCAGGAGAGGAAAAGCACGGGGAAGGGGAAAGAGAUUGCAAUCCCUCAGCUGCCACCGCUGGAGAUGCCAGCUCAGGAAGAUCUGUGUCUGGAUGACCUGCCACCUCUGGAGCUGCCAGAGGACAUCCAGCACGAACUACAGGAGCUACUGGACAGGGAUAAAUUGUGAUGAGAGACAAGACACACACACACAUGCACACACACACACACACACACAUACAUAUUCACAUAAGCUGUGUCUGAUCAGACCUCUGCUCAAAUUAAAGGUGGACGGAUCACGGAUGUUCCGUGAACCUGAAGAUGGACAGGCCUAACUAAACCAACUGCAGUGUGAGGGACAUGUCAAUCCAUAGCCUAUACAGUCUGUCUUGAGAAGAGGUCUAAUCAGUUUAACUGAUGACACCUAUACCUAUAAUACAAUCCAAGUCAAAGAUGGUGGAAUAGUUCACCCACAAAUAAUGCCGGUUUGACCUUCAGUGAGGUUGUGAGCAGUGAAUCGGCCAUUAGGGGACAACGGAAGUGAAAUUUGACACUUAGUCAUUAAUCCCAUCUGGGGAAGUUCAGUUUUAACAGGGAUAGAAUUAAGGAACAUAUUCAAUCUUGACCUUAAAAAAACUAACUAAAGAUUCACUUACCAGCUUUUUUCAGAGCUUUCAGCCACAUCUCACCAUCUUCCUUUGUAUUGCCACAUCGCUGAACACCCAUAUUUGGGUCAUUUGAUGACAGCUGAACACUUUCUAUGGCAACUCAAUGAAGACCAUGAGAUGCAGUUGAUAGUGAGCAAGUGGAAGUUAAUGUUAAUCAAACAAAACAUUAUGUACAUAAAAAAAAUGACAACACAAUUACCCUUAAAGUGGUACUGAUAUGUUAAAGCUAUUGUGGUAAUGGGUCAAUCAGAAGUUGCAUUACUGAAGAUAGCUUGCAGUAAAGCGAGCAAAACCAUACAAAUAGUUUCUGAUACCCAGGCUUAGUGUCUAGCAAUAGCCAUUAACGCUGAACAGCUUGGGCAGUGUAAUUUAAGUGCUCUGAAGCCAAAUACAAUGCUUUUUAAUUGUUCACAUAAUGUUUUGCAUUCCCUUGAAAUGUCAAUAACCAACACACAAUAUUUUGUUAGGCAGGAAGGUGUGUGUGUUUGUGCAUGUGUAAAAACAAUGGAUGAAAACACUGAAAUUAGCCAUAACAUUUUUCCUUUGUUUAAACCCAUUUGGCAUUAUUGGUGUGGCCACGUACCCAUAAACAACAACAACAACAACCCAAAAUAGUUCUAUUUGAGAACACUUAUUAUGCUGCCCCAGAUGUUUAGAGUACAUUUCUGGUUGUUUUUUUGUGUUUUGGUGCUCUAGCAAAACAUAUUCCCAGCAACCUCAGUUGUUGUGGAGAAGACUGAAAUGAAGCAACACCGAAACACUCACUCGAUGUUACGCUGACAUACAAACUCACGCUGUUUCACCUUCCAUGAGGGUGAGUGGGUAGUGGCUAAAUGCAGAAUUUGUGGAUGAACUGCUCCUAAGGGCACCAUUGGAAGUGCUCAACACCACUUUUUAAUGGCGUCAGAGGUAUUGCUCUCACACACACGCUGUUUUAGUUAGGGAACGUGUAGCGUGAUUCAGACACAGAAAAGCAUAUUGCUGUUGUUGAGGAAAAACUACAUUUCUGCAUUUGUUAUUUUCUGUUUGUCUACUUGAAUUAAAGACUUCAACGAUCAUACGACUGCCAAUGAGAGGAUAAGCGCUCUUUCUGAUUUUCUUGCAGUUUGGUGUUUUUGUGCAACAGCAGCAAUACACACACACACACACACACUGAUGGCAUGAAUUAAAACUUAAGCUUAAUGGAAAUGAAGGCUGAAUCAGGCACAUCAAGUCACUGCUUGGACCCACUGCAAGCAACUAGGAUGAUGAGUUGAUGUAUUCUCAACAGCUGACCUGUUUUUGGAUUGUAACCAGUAAUUUGAUGUCAUCUUGGGUUUUAGGAACUUUUGAGGUGCAUUUUUUCUGUUCCGAGACCAAAAAAUUAUUAAUCGAGAAAUAAUUGGCAGAUGAAUUGAUAAUAAAGUAGUCACGACAUGCUGAUUUUAACUGCAUUGCCAUGCAGUGGUAACAUAUCAAGCAUGUUGUGCAAAGUUCAUACAUGAUUGAAAAUGGCUGCCAGGAAGCCAAGAGAAACUUUCACGUGGAAGAUGUUCAACAGGAGUGAAAAUGCAAAAACAUGCUGAGGUCCUUUUAAAGCUGCAGUAAUUAAUUUCUGUUCACUGGGAGGAUAAAAAAAAGUUCCUAAAUAAGAUCCAAGUCUGAAUCUAUUAUGAACUUAGAAUUCUGUUGUAACUAACACAUAAACAAACAGAUGAAUAUUUACGUGUCCAGCGAACACAGAGCAGCAGUAGCUUUUAUUUGUGGCCUGAUGAAUGUUAGUCCACUCACUUUUACCUCUGUUGUUGGUUUUCCCCUCAACCCCUGAGGGAAAUCUCUUCCUGUUUAGCUGCUAAAGAAAGGCAGCCAGUUUCUAACUGUGUCUGUGUACAGGUGGGCAGGUGAGAGAUUCAUCAGAGCUUGUUUGCUGCCAGCAGCUUCCUGCAGUUAGGCAUGCUGAGAGCACAUUGACUGGACAAUACAGUCAAUGAGCUGUGAAACCAAAACAGUGAACUAAAAGAGGCUAAAUGACUUUGCAGGCCUACUGGAUUGGUGAUAAUUUUGUGUGGGUUUGUCUCAGCCUCCCCUUCCACAUUAUGUAGACAUCUGAUUUGGUAUAAAUAUAAAAACAGCUAUUAAUUAAUGCAGCUUUAACUAAACUGAGUAUGCAUUCAAUCUGUAGCGGUGACAACUGUGAAACUGUGAAUAGCUGUAAUCAGCAGCUUGUCCAGUGAGGACGUGAUUAGAUGCCGAAGCUGUCGGCACAAAGGAAGAAAAAGGACUUGAGGCACCUUGUUGGCUGUAUUGCUUGCAGUCUGAAUGCAGGUGGCAUGUGUGUACACUCACUAUGAUGUACUUCGAGGCAUUUGUACAAACUCAUGGGCUCACUUAGAACUGUGUAUUUCCUUACUGGAACAAUAAGCAGAACUGUCUGCAAACAGGACAUUGUGCUGCAUUCACAGCCUAUGCAAAACAUGACUGAUCCACAUUUUUCACAUUAAAAUACUCAGUUGCUGUUUCAGCUUUCAGCCGUUGAAUGCUAAAAUACAAGUUUCUUCGUUUCUUAGUAAGGGUUAGCGUUAGGACUGACCCUAAUGCCGACACGAACAACUGUGGAACAUAAUAUUUUCUUUUUAAACAAAACUAAUUGAGUAAAUGAUUUCCGUUCUUUACAAUCCCAGCUCUUGAAAACUAUGGCGGGACACAAUGUCUUGCUGCAUGUUUGUUUUAUCAUUGACAUAACAGUGUUUGACUUGCUGUGGAAUAUUUAACUUACAUAAUCAAUGUUUGUUAAAUGUGAAAAGGUAGAUGAGCUCUCAGAAAUUACUCUCAUUGACUCUUGAAUAUGAGAAUGUCAGUUUAGUUAUCAUUGUCAUAGGACGUGAAUGCAGCAUUACCGUGAAAACUUAGACACUUCAUACAGCUAAAGGGAGUCACUUCUCACUUGUAAUGGAUGGAUGGAGUAGAAAAUGAAAGCCGGCUGGCCGGCUAGCAUAAAUCAAAGUAGCUGAAACAGCUUCAAUAGCUCUCCAACACUCUGUACCUUCUCAACACACCCAACCCGUGCCUUGGACAACUUUCUGUACUGAGGUGGCAGUCAUGUCUUUGGAUCUUCAGAUGGGCAGAAGCAGUAGUCUUUUAACUGAAUGAAUAACAUGAUGGUUAAUCAAACUGUCAACCUGACACUGACUGAAAAGAGCAGUUCUGAAGUCAUUUCAGCUCUCCUGAGUGCUCCUGACUCCUCAUGAAAGCCCACAUCUGUAUAUGUUACACACUCGUUUGUCAUAAUAGGUAUCUAAUUGAGUUUUACCACGGGGCCACCAUAGCCUGCUGUAACUACACUGUGCCAAGUAACAGUCAUGUGUUUCCACUGUUGCCUCACAGGAGGGGGGGGGGUUACCUAUCAGUUCUGUUGCCUGUUGCAGAGCUGACAAAAGCCAAGCUGUGACCAAAGCCACAGUGGUGAACUCAAAACCUGGCUAUGCUGAUGAGCUCUGCAGCUCUGUUCUUACAUACAACAGAUAUCAGCCUGGCUGUUUACUAUCAGAGCUGUGUUAAACAUACGGCAUGUAGUGUCUGCUGCUAGGGCUCUCCCAGUCAAAACAAAACAAAAGACAAUUAAUGUGGGCUCAUGGCAGUUGUCUUUAUUGUUAAACAACCACCAUUGCGAGUAGAAAUUUAAACAUGGUCAGGUUCUGCACUUUUUCUUUUGUUUUAAAUAUUGCAGAAAGGAAUAGUACAAGCAGAAAUGCCCACAGUGCACUGCUAUGCCCUGUUCACAUAUACAGAGCACAACAUUCAAGUCACCUUGACAUGACCUUAGAAUGAUGAGAAAGGUUUGAAUUUAUGCAAGUUCUUCCUGACAUGUCUUCUCACGGCCAUGUGUAACUGUUUGAGUCCCCUGGGAAACAGAAUUACAAUCAACCCAACCCAACCUUGUUUCCCAGUUCGAUAUGAUAUCAUGAGACAGCAGAAAUAGACACUACAGGGAAACAAGUCACUCAGGGAGCACUACUGUGUUCUGUGGCAGAAUAGUGUUGGCAGGACAAAUGAACUGUCCAGAUCCCAUCUGACUGUGUAUAACAUGCUUUUAAGAUUCAGCAUUACACUCCUGUUCUGUUGUCAGACUCAUGGACAUUUAAAUAGAAUCAAAAUUGAUGCAGUAGAAUAAAAGGUAUAUAUAUAUUUAUUAUUCCCCAUAUUCUUCUUCCUUGUUUAAUUUUCAAAGCUGUAGUCUUCUGCAACUCCCUCUGGAGCCACAACUGACUUUAUAAAACAUUUUUCACACAUACAGUAACAACUGGAAAGACACUUUGUGUAAUUGGUGACGUUUCCCUUUAUCAUGACACACAGGCUUAUGAGAGACAACACAAGAUGGUAGCACUUCCAGUUCGUCAUAAGAAAUGUCUGUUGAGAAGCAGUUGUCUUAUGACAUGGCCACAGCUUAGCUCAGUGAAAGUCACCAUCCCCGAUUGAGAAAUGGUAUAAAAGUAGUUCAUACAGACUUAUUUUUGAGCAGUAUGCAAUAGGGAUCAGUGUGUCAAAAUGUAGAAUAUCCAGUGAUGGAAUGUAACAAAUGCAACUAGUUUGACUAAUUAAGUACUACUCAAGUACUGUACUUCACUUGCUUGUUUCCAUUUUCUGCGUAACUCCACCAUUCUACUGUGCAGGCAAAUGUUGUGUUUUUACUCCACUACCAUUAUUAGAUACCUUCAGUUACUUUGCACGUUUAUUUUAUUGGCAAUAGAACAAACAAACAGACAAAAAUAAUGAUCAUCAGAAAAAUGCUGAAUACUGCUUCUGAUAAUUUGUCUGUCCCUAGUUUGCAGACUCAUUUUGUGCCACAAGGCCUCUGAAGUCGACUUCAGACCACGAGAAGGUGUGAGCUCAGGUGGUUUUAGACCUGCAGACGUUGUCCCUCCUUCCACCCGGUCCUGUUUUUUCCCUCUCUCUUCAGAUGAGCACUUGUUGACUUUAAUGACAUGUGUGUGUUGUUAUGUGAUAUUAUGUGAUUUGGAGUAGUCAUUCUGAAGACUGCACAAUGUGUUUGUGUUCCAAGACAGAAUGCUGGUUGUGUUACUAAGUGUGUGUGUUGUAUGAGUGUGAGGGUUUGUUAGGGUUUGGUGCAUAUGGAGUUUGAAGGCCAGUUCAGGUAUCUUUACUUAACAGUUACCUGCGUUUUGGCUCAUAGUUAUUAUGAUGGUAUCCAUUGCAAUCCUAAAAUUAUAAUAAAAUAAUUUGAUAGCCUCAAAAUCAGAAGAAGUCAGUGUUUUCCUCCUGAAUUGUACUCUCACCAAUAGGCCUGAGAACAUAUUUACUUUUUUUUUAAUAACAGUGCUGAAACAAUGGCCAAACAAUAUCACAAAACUGAAGCAGUGCUAUUAUUGUUGGACAAAAAGAAAAAAAAUCUUAAUUUUUGUCCUACUAGCUUUUUGAGCAAUCAACCACAUCAUGGUCUUCAUCAGCAGAUGGAAGCUACUUUUAAAAAAUUAGAAAUCCUAAAAUCCUAAAAUAUAUAUAUAAGAGUUUUUCUUUUUUUCUCUUCUUUUUUUUUCAUUCAACAGAAGAAGCUUAAAUUGUCAAAUGGUAAAUGUUAUCCAGACAGAAACAUCCUUACAUGAACUUUGCAAAAAUAAAAUAGUCUAACAUUGUAAAAAACUAUAUAUAUAUAUAUAUAUAUAUAUAUAUAUAAUUUAUAUUAUGAUCUCUCUAAAUUAAUUAUUCAAGAUUUUCAGUUCAAACAUGGUGCUAUGGAGAAACUAAAGCUAACUGAAAUAUUCAAAUAAAACUCCUUGAUAAUGAAACAUAUGCAGACUUGUGUCUAAUGAAUGAGAUCCAGAGUUUUCCCACAGAUUGCCGCUUCCUUUCUUAGAUUCCUUUCUUAGAUAAGUAGAUUCUUUUAUCAGAAGAAAAUGUUUCCUAUCAGUCUAAUUCUUGUUAACUCUGACAGACCUUGUACUGUUCGCUUUCCUCUCUUUUCUCUAUCUUGCUCCCAUCUUCCCAGCAGCCCAUGAAGGCAGAAAUGUUUUCUUUUUUUAUUUUAUUUUGUUAAUUUGAAUGAAACUAAACAUUAAAUGUAUUUGCUUGUUUUACAAUGCAAUGCGGUAAGCUGUUGUUAUUCUGCAGCAGGCUAGUUCUGUAACGUAGUCAUGUUUUGCCUUAUAAAGGAGGAAUCUGAGUUUGGUCUGAGCUUCUCAGUGGUGUUCAUGUGCCACUGGACGUCCACCACUGGAAAUAUUAAUUGUGCACAUCAUCUGUGGUAGAUGGGCAGAUGAUGAAUCUCCCCUCAGAAUAUUAGCGCCUGCAAAAUCUUUUGGAAUUCAAACUGAUUUUUUGGGACUAGUUAUACAACUUGGGAGUCCAUGGUUUACUUUGCUGGAGUUCACUGAUGGCAAUGUUUACUUUCAGCAAUGACAACAACAAGUCGGACAAAUUUACUUUGUGUUCUCUUGUGAUGUUGGCUCCUCUGCAUUAUGUCCAAAUAGUGGUAGUUGAUGGUAAUCUGUUGAUUCAUUCAUAAUUUCUCCUGCUUAUCCAGGUCAGGGUUGUGGUGGCACCAGAUUAAACCAGGUCUCUCUGGCCGCAUCCUUCAGCUCUUCUUUGGGAUCUCAGAGUGUUCUAGGCCAGGUGGGGUAUCUAAUCAGUCAGUCCAAUUCAGUUUAUAUAGCAACAAAUCACAACAAAAGUUAUCUCAUCAUCUUUCUAAAUAGAGCAGGUUUCGACCAUAGUCUUUAAUAUAGUAUGGCCUAUUGUUGAGUGUGUUUGGUUACAUUCUCAUUCUUUAAGUUGCUACUUAAAGCUCAUGGACAGGUGAGGGAACAUAGAUCAUUGUUAUAUGAGUUAUGGGUGGUUAAAACCUGCAGGAAGCAUUUGUUGUAGUUGUUUGGCAAACUUUACCAUUCACUGUCUGGCUGACAUAAGCAGUUGUAUAUGGAGAACCCUACCCGUUACUGCAAUUUUGACUGUAUUUGGUUGACAACCGGCAAGAGCUGCGGUACACCCUGGACUGGUCGCCAGUCAAUCGCAGGGCCAACACACAGAACAGAAGGGGCAAUGUAGAGUAGCCAAUUAAGAGAAUCCUUUGCUGUGAGGCAACAGUGCUAACCACUGCACCACCGUGCAGCCCAGAUACCGACAAAUACCGUUUAAGGUAGGGCCUCAGGAUUUCUGAUAAAACAGGACUGUCCUUAUUGUGUAAGUUGAUAUUGUGCUAUUGGAAAGCUUAUAACCGCAAACCCAGUUUCCACAUAGUGAAUAUGGGGCUACCAGGGCUAGCUGCUAGCGCUAAUCUAACAAUAACAUCUGAAAAAUGCCACACAGAUUUACAUUAUGAUGUGAUAUUGAGCCUUGUGCCAGUCACUUGAGGAAAAUGAAGCGACCCCAUGCCAUUUUCAGACUCACCUGUGUGUUGAUGAGGGAACCAGACCUGUCUGUCGUUUGUUAUGUUUCUAAUAAUAUAUUUUAUUUAAUGUUCAAAUUCAUAGUAUGAUACACAGAUUUUGUAUAUCAUGUGAGUGUGAUAUUGAAAUCAAAAUGUGCUUUUGAAUCUCAUAUAAACAAAGAUGAUGAUGAAUCUGUUAUUCUCUGAUGAUGAUGCAUGGAUGAUCAUAACUAAUAAACUAAUUUACUUGGA